GUCGGGCUCCGCCGGCCCCUUCCGAGGGGGCGGCGCCGCCGCCGGGGCCGCGCUCGGCUCUGCCGCCCCACGGGGCCGCCCGGCUCCGCCGCCGCCGAGCCACCCGCUGCCAUGUCGGUGACGGUGACCCUGGCCGGACCGGCGCCCUGGGGCUUCCGCAUCACCGGGGGACGGGACUUCGGGAAGCGCAUCGCCGUGUCCCAGGUGGCGGAGCGCGGGAAGGCGGCCGCGGGCGGCCUCCGGCCCGGGGACGUCAUCGUCUCCAUCAACGGCGAAAGCGCGGCCGAGAUGCUCAACGUGGAGGCGCAGAACAAGAUCAAGCAGAGCCCCGGGCAGCUGCGGCUGCAGGUGGAGAGGUGCCCGGCGCCGUCUCCCGGCCACGCUAACGGGGAGAGCUCUGCAGAGAGGCUGGCUGCCCGCUUCCAGGACGCGGUGAGGACGCGGGAGGAGAGCCGGGGCUCCCUGAGGUCCUCCUACUCCAGCCCGGCCUCCCUCAGCCCCCGGCCCCGCAGCCCCGGCUCUCCCAGCCCGGGGGCCGCCGGCAGCCGCAGCCCUCCGCCCGGCGCUCCCGAGGUUCCCUGUCCUCCCGGCCUCCCCCAGGAGCGAGGCCGCCGGAGCAGCUCCCCGGGGCCGGUGCUGCCUCCUCCCAACCGCCCGCCGUCGCCGGGGCUCUGGGCCCCCCCGAGCCCCUGGGCACCGGCCGGCCGGGCUUCGCCCUCCCGCGACAGCCCGGGCUCGGAGCCGGCCGCGCGGCGCUUCGAGGGGGACUCGGAGGUCUUCAAGAUGCUGCAGGAGAACCGGGAGCUGCGGGCGGCCCCGCGGCAGUCCAGCACCUUCCGCCUGCUGCAGGAGGCCCUGGAGGACGGCGGCGCAGCCGGCCCCGCCGCCCCCUUCCCCAGCCGCCUCUCGCCCGGCGCCCGCAAGCCCGGCGCGGCAGCCGCGCCGCCCCAGCUGCACGCCUGCGAGAAGUGCGGCGGCACCAUCGCCACGCAGGCGGUGAGGAUCCGGGACGGCCGCUACCGGCACCCCUCCUGCUACGCCUGCUCCGACUGCGGCCUCAGCCUGAAGAUGCGGGGACACUUCUGGGUGGGCGACGAGCUCUACUGCGAGAAGCACGCCCGCCUGCGCUACCGCGGCCCCCCGGGGGGGCCCGCCGCCCCCCGCGCCCCCCCGUCCUGAGCGGGGCCCGGCAGCGCCUCGCCGCCGCGAGCUGCGUCGGGUCUCGGCCGCGGCCCGUCCUUCCGCGCGCACCCGGGGCUGGGGGGGGCCCGGGGACGCUUGAGCACUUCGGUACCGGAGAGGGGGGCUGGCACCGCUUGGCGCACCGACUUCAGCUACUCCGAGGUAUUCGACCAGAUCUCUAUAUAAAUAUAAUAUAUAUUUGCUCCA